GGCUGCUCUCUUACACAAAAUGGAUUCAUACUCUUACUUGGAUUAUACCCGAUCGUCUCGAAUUACUAUAAAAGAUUCGAUUGAUUGAUCAUGGCCUUCUCGCAACCUGCUAAUCUAACCGAAAAGGUCUUGCCUCACGAGCAGCAGCCUAUCACGGAACACGUUUCCAAUUAUUCUGCUGAGGAAUAUGGCGAUCAUAGCCAGUUGAUGAAAGCGCUUGUAUGGAAUGGAAAGUACAACGUGAAAGUUGUUGAUACACCGAAACCAAAGAUUAUUGAUGAUAGGGAUGUCAUUAUCAAGGUUACUGGUAGUACCAUCUGUGGCAGUGACUUGCACAUGUACCAUGGUGUGAUUCCCGAAAUGCAAAAGGGUGACAUCCUCGGCCACGAAUUCUGUGGUGUCGUCGAGUCAGUAGGGCCCAAGGCCACAAAGUACAAACCUGGCGAUAGGGUUGUGGCUUCGUUCCAGAUUGCAUGUGGUGAAUGUUACUAUUGCAAGAAGGGGCUGUCCUCUGUAUGCGAAAAAACCAAUUCAAAUGAAUUGGCAAACAAGUUAUAUGGUCGACGGACUGCUGGAAUUUUUGGCUACUCACAUCUCACUGGCGGUUUUGCUGGUGGCCAAGCCGAAUGGGUGCGAGUCCCCUAUGGUGACGUGAACCUAUUGAAACUUCCCGACGACGUGCCCGACGAAAAGGGUCUCUAUCUAUCCGACGUACUGGGAACUUCAUGGAACGCAGUCGUCGACACCGGUGUCGAAGAAGGUGACACCGUCGCUAUCUGGGGCGCCGGCCCUAUUGGACAAAUGGUCGCCGAAUUCAGCUUCUUCAACGGCGCAAAACGGGUCAUUCUGAUUGAUGGUGGAUCUGGUGCAUGGAGACUCGAAUUUGUGAAGAAACUCUUGCCCAAUCUUGAGACAAUCAACUUUACCGAUCUGCCCAAGGGUGAGAGUGUGACGAGUCAGUUGAAGAAGAUGUGUCAUGGUCGAGGACCGGAUGUUGCUAUUGAGUGUGCUGCGGGCGAAUAUGCGCAGGGCUGGCAGCAUUAUUUUGAGACUCUUUUGGGCUUGGAGACUGAUACAUCUGAACUCCUCAAUGAGAUGAUUACCUCAGUUCGCGCCUAUGGACGCUGCGGAAUUACUGGUGUCUAUGCAGGAUAUUGCAACCACUUCAACAUCGGAUCCCUCAUGCAAACUGGCGUUCGCUUAAUUGGAAACGGCCAAGCACCCAUCCAGAAAUACUGGGAACAUCUCCUGAAACUCAUUCAGGAAGACAAGAUCAAGCCCCUUGACAUGGUUACCCAUCGUUUUGAUGUGACUGAUAUGGAUAAAGUGUAUGGUUUAUUUGAUAAACGGCAGCCUGGCAUUCAGAAGGUGUUCAUUCAGACCAGACAUUCAGCACCACCUGCUAGUGGGGCACCACAGUUGACUAAACUAUAAUGCUUUUUGUCAUUGUUUAGUAUGUGGUGUAAGGUGUCCUUUUGUUUUGUGCUCUUUCUGCUCUUUCUGCUCAUUGUAUAUCAUGUAAAUGUACCUCAUGCACAAAGAAAAUGUCAAGCUUCUUGCCUGAAAAUAAUCCCAGGUACAAGCUUUCACUGCUUAUUAUUGUGUUUGAUAGUGAAAUCUGUUUUGUCUCCACAUAGGUGAUAUCACAUGAGAAAAUAAUCAGUACAAAUCAAAUGGGCCUUAACUUGCAAAC